CGGAAAUGCAAUGAUCUAAGGAAUCGCAUUGGGCCUAAAAGCAGGCCUGGAUUAGAUCCCGUACGAUGUUUGCACAGACCUCGUGGUCUUGGACCGUUAUUUGAAAUCAACAAGCCGCUCAUCUGAAUCCAGACCUAGAAACAGCCCGUGCUUUCAAUGGCAAAGGCGAAACCAAGGGCUUAUACCUGCAGCUGAGGUACCACAACACUGGAAGCCCACAACGCCUCCAGAGAGCCUCAUCGAAGACAAGUUUCUAGACUAUACGGAAUCGACUCAAAGUCUGGUCGGCGUGGCCGAACCCCACAAAACUUUCUCCAACAACCGGUUGUCAAUUCGGUCGAAAGGAUGCGGUUGGAGGAUCCAUCGUUGGCUUGGCGCCUCUUAUGUUGAGCAAUUGGCAAUAUUACAUGCGCAAAGACGGUAGAGAUCGGUUGUGGCGUCGAAAAAGCUGGCUUGGGGGCACGUCAAAGGGCGCCAGACGGUCGCCGAGAAAAAGCUUCACGACGGCGGAUCGGAAGCUACCAGCCAUAAGAUCCCGAUCACUACCAACAUUUUAUGGCCCCUGACUUGAAGUGCGGGGUAAACAAGAUCGUAUCCCCGCGGCCGUCAUAAAUCCCCGCACGGAGGUCCUUAGCGCCUGUUCGUCGGCCAAUUGGCUUCAAGGUCCGUUGUGAACUGGCUUGACUAGCCAAGAUCGACCAAAAUUGCUUAUUCACCACUGCCGGCAACUACAUUUCCAGCCCAUAGGGAGAAACACUCGCUGCCGUCAGUGAACGCGGUAUAUUCCCACCGACAAGAGAGAGCCUGGCUGAACAUGCUGCAGUGUACCAGCACCCUAUGCAUGAUGGUAGUUUCUGUAGGACGUGUGCCCCGUAACGUACGAUGUGGCCUGCACACUCAUUAUUUUCUCAUGAAAGACGGGAUUGUACCGCACUCUCAUUGCGCUAUCCCCUGGUCCGUACUGAACAUCCACAUUCCAUGCCGCGUUGAUACUGUGAUCAUCACUCUUGCCGCUGCACAGCACAAAGAACUCCUCCACAUCAUAGAGUCCUCCCCACAAAGAUCUGCACAGAUGCGGAAGGAGCAAAGGCGGUUCGAAUUCGCUUACCGCAUCCUUUGAGGUAUUUAGAAGUCGCGGGGCCCCGGACUUGCGGCGAUUGUUUUGCUGUAGCCGUAGCUGAACCUUACUUUGUGCUCCCCGCAUUGUCGACGCCGGAUAGAACUUUAUAAUACACGCCGUUCUCCCUACGUGCCGACAACUCUACUCAGCCUCUACCCUAUCUGCCCUGAGUGACUAACACUGAAAAACGCGACGAUGAGGAACCACAUGGCUGCGGGGUGGUUCUACUCCCCAAGCCAAAUAGGCCGCUACAUUAUAACGCGCCCAACGAGUCUAAAGCCACCGAUGACCAAGCUCAGGAACCCGAUCACCAUCCUACGCGAACUCGAUUCUCACCAGUGGUUGAUGUUCAUCGUCGGAUUUAUAUCAUGGACCUGGGACGCGUUUGACUUCUUUACCGUCUCGCUGACUAUCACCGAUAUCUCAAAAGCCUUUGGAGUGACGAAGGCGGAUGUGUCUUGGGGAAUUACUAUUACACUGAUGCUGCGAUCCGUGGGCGCGUUAAUCUUCGGUGUUAUAUCCGACCGCUAUGGUCGCAAGUGGCCCAUGCUGAUCAAUCUAUUCCUGUUCAUCGUCCUCGAGCUCGCCACCGGCUUCUGCAAUACUCUGCCGCAGUUCCUAGGCGUCCGCGCUCUAUAUGGCAUUGCCAUGGGCGGACUUGUCGGCCCCGCAGCUGCAACGGCUCUGGAAGAUCUCCCCUAUGACGCCCGUGGAGUCCUAUCAGGUAUCUUCUUAUCCGGUUACGCCAUCGGCUACCUCCUCGCGGCCGUCUUCACUCGUGCGCUCGUACCGACUACAGCAAAUGGCUGGAGGAGCCUGUUCUGGUUCGGUGCCGGUCCGCCCAUCCUCAUCAUCGCAUUGCGAUGGUACGCACCCGAGACCAACGCCUUCCAGGUCAUAAAGGCAGAGCGCGAGGCUAAGCAUAGCACUGGCUCCAAUGGCGGCGAGUCGAAGUUCGCUGCUCUCCGCACAUAUGGGAAGGAAGCCAAGAUUGCGCUCGCGAAUAACUGGUUCCUAAUCAUCUAUAUGGUGGUCCUUAUGUCAGGCCUCAACGCCACCACUCAUGGCAGCCAGGACUUCUUCCCCACCUUCCUAAAGUCGCAGCUCGGCAUGAGCCCCAACGACAUCACAAUCGUCACCGUCGUAGGCCAGCUCGGCGCCGCGAUCGGCGCAUCUGUCCUCGGAUACGUUAGCACCUUUGCCGGUCGUCGCCUCACCAUGAUGACCGCAGCCGUGAUGGGCGGUGCCAUUCUCCCCGCUUAUAUCCUUCCACACACCAGGAGCCAUCUUGCCGCUUCCGCAUUUUUCGAACAGUUCUUCGUGCUAGGCAUCUGGGGCCCGGUAGCAAUCCAUCUUAUGGAGCUCUCCCCCCCGGCACUGCGCUCUCUCCUUGUCGGCCUCACAUAUCAGCUUGGCAACCUCGUCUCCUCUGCUAGUGCCACUAUCCAAGCCAUCAUCGGACAACGCUAUCCCCUUCCGCCCAGCCCGACCGAGGCCUCGCGCUUCGAUUACGCAAAGGUCAUUGGCAUCUUCAUGGGUGCAGUGUGGGCGUACGACGCGUUUAUGUUGUUUAUUGGCCCGGAGAUGAGCCAGGCGGAGAGGGAAGAGGAGGCUGAGGCGUCGUUGGAGUUUGAGAGGCUUAGACGGGGAGGGAUGAGCUUGGCAGAGGUAGGAGCGAGGAGAGGGAAUGGAAAGUUAGAGCAAGAGAUGGCAGAUAGGGAGAUUACAGAUAAGGAGAUGGCAGACGAGAGGAGAGUGGAGGAUGCGACGGCGGCGGGGGAAGCUAAGGAAGUGGGGAAUUCGACUGUGUGAUGUGCAGUAGUGCUCUAAGUGGAAGAUAGUUGGCGCAGUAACGAAUUAUAAAAAUAUAUUAUC